CGGACAUUGCACAGGGAUACAGGGGCCAAGUUAAAGUGCACGAUGGCAUUGUUGUUUGUCAUGGUCAUGGUCUGUAUGGCUGAUUCCACACAAGAUGCGGAAUGUAACGAGGGUCAGCAUUGUUCAGACUGCGACACGGUGGGCAUCUGCUUACAAGAUUGUGACAAGGGACAUUUUGGACAUAAAUGCAAGUCGCAAUGCAGCAUCACAUGCAGAUACAAGACCUGUACACUAGUUGAGGAUAGAGGCAUCGGCAAGUGCACUGCUGGCUGUGUACCAGGAUAUCAAGGCAUAAGUUGUGACAGACCCUGUGACCACGUAGUCGAAUGUACGCUGUGCCCAGGUGGAUGUGAUGGGGACUACUGCCAGCUGGGUGGGGUUUGUUUUGCUGGAUGUAGAGAUUCCUUCUACGGAGCUGCAUGCAAGACGUGCCCCAGUCACUGCAGAACCUGCAGCAGGAUGACAGGAGUAUGUGACGAGUGCGACCCAACACAUUAUGGAGAGAACUGCGAGAAGUCGUGUGAGAACUGUGCAGGAUCCUGUGAGUCCAGCUGUGAAUGUGUUCCUGGCUUCUACGGGGAUUUCUGUGCCGAGACUUGCAGUAAAACAUGCCGCCCUAAGUCAGUCCACAAGUGUCUUCCAUUUCCUGGUAUGACGUCAGACAAUUGUACAGGUGAAUGUGACAAACACAGUGCCGAGUGUCUCCAUGGUUGUGUGGAUGGCAGGUUCGGGCCGACGUGUUCUUCUCCUUGUAAUCCUGGAUGCCGACAUCAAAGGUGUCAUGCUGCAGGCUCUUGUGCUGAAGGCUGUGAACGUCACCAUUUCGGUCCUGCCUGUGAACCAUGUCCUGAGAGCUGCGUCAACCAGACAUGUGACUCUAACAACGGCUCCUGUGUAGCUGGGUGUCGUGACGGGUUGUAUGGGGAACACUGCAAUGAGACCUGUACGUUAUGUCCACGUGGUGUCUGUGAUCAGCACACUGGUAUCUGUGUGAGGCACUGCAAUGUCACCCAGGAAGGACGUCAGGUCAACUGUACAAAGCCUUGCUCCCCACCAGGAUGCUCGACAGGCUAUCGUAACUCCACUCUUCGGACACGGUAUCGCAUCAGCACAACUACACUGACGUCGGUUGUGUGUGCAGUCGUCCUUUUCGUUCUGGUUGCAAGUUCCGUGUGCUGCGUCUGUUUCCGCAAUGGCCCGUGUAUACAAAGGGCAAGCAAAACAGACAUUGUUGCACACAAUAAUGUAUCGGAGCAGGGCGGCGCUUAUACGGACUACCAGGUAUUGCAUCAGUACUGGGACAUCAGAGAAGAUUUGGGCGACGGGAUGCCGAAUGAGAACCACAAACGUACUAGUGGUGCUGAAAUGCUUGUUUUAGCAGAUUACUUUUCGAGUGCAGACAGAAAUGCCGACAUUGAAGCCAGAGUUGAUGACAUUGAAGCCAGUGAUGAUGACAUUGAAGCCAGAGUUGAUGACAUUGAAGCCAGUGAUAAUGACAUUGAAGCCAGAGUUGAUGACAUUGAAGCCAGAGAUGAUGACGUUGAAGCCAGAGUUGAUGACAUUGAAGCCAGAGUUGAUGACAUUGAAGCCAGAGUUGAUGACGUUAAAGCCAGAGAUGAUGACGUUGAAGCCAGUGAUGAUGACGUUGAAGCCAGUGAAGGAACAACAGGUAGUUCUGUAACAGACAACCACUCCUACACACAUAUCAUGCGGGACAUCUUCGUUGCUGAUCCGAGAACAGUCGCCUCAUAUAUAUCACCACUUGAGGACUAAAAUUCGAAAGUGACAUUAAAGCUAGUGACGGUGACAUUAUAUUGAAACUUGUGACUGUGACAUAGAAGCUAGUGAUGGUGACAUUCAUGCUAGUUACUGUCACAUUGAAGCAAGUGACGGUGACAUUAAUGCUAGUGACCGUGACAUUAUUGCUAGUGAUGGGGACAUUGAAGCUUGUGAUGGUGACAUUGAAGCUAGUGACUGUGACAUUGAUGCUAGUGAUGAUGACAUUGAUGGUAGAAAUGAUGACAUUGAUGGUAGUG